UUGCUUCCAGCAAUAUUUGACAUGGUUUUUAUAAAAACAAUCGUAGAGGGAAAAAUCUCAGUAAAAGCAUUAAUCAAUACAACAUCUAAAUCCAAUACUAUUAGCAAGCACUUGUAUAAUAAGCUUGAAGAAGAUUAUAGGUUAGAAG